AUGGUUCCCAUCGGUGCGUCUCUCGUCCGUGAGCUACGAUCACUGGGAAACAAAGACCCGAUUCAAGUCAUGCACUGCCUUGCAUCGGAGCUGCCCGAGGCGGACCGAGCGCUGCUGCUGGAUAUUAAGGACGCUAACGUGGAAAUUAUCGACGUGUGCUCGUUGAUGGUGGCGGCGGACUUGCUGACCGCGGAGGCGGCGACAGAUUUUCAAAACUACUGGCUCAAGCCACUGGCGGUGCUCGUGACAUCUUUUGAUGAGGUGAUGCUCCUGGACGUGGACAACCUCUUCGUCCGCGACCCCGCCGAGCUCUGGACGACGCCACUGUACCUUGAUACAGGCACUUUGUUCUUCUACGACCGCGUCCUCAACUUCAACUUUUGGCUGAACGAAGCGCAGGCUGACGGCCGCGCCUACCUCCGAAUAUUUCUCGAGACGUUCCCGUACACAUCAUUUGGGCUACACCCCCCGACAAAUCCAUCCCAACGCCUGCAGGACUCGAUGAUCUACGCGCGUCAUACCGCGCACGAGCAGGACUCGUCAGUCGUGCUGCUGCAGAAAUCAAGAGCGGGAGUUCCUGUCCUCAAGUUGCACUGGCAUUUGGCACGUCGCCUGGCUUGGCUAUAUUACGACACUGGCUGUCCAUGA